CUGGGGUGUGGACAUGAAAAGAGGGCAGGGUCAAAGUGGGCGGAUGGGCUGCUUCUUGUGUUUGUGCAUUUAGACCCGGAGCCUGAAAUUAGUGUCAUUGAGAGCAGAAGGAUUUAGACUUGAAGAGACACUCGGCCAUCUAACACACAGUCAUCAUGCUGAUUCUCCUCGCUGGCAUCUUCGUCCUCCACAUCAUAACCAUCAUCCUCCUCCUGGUGGCCACUAUUGACAAUGCCUGGUGGGUAACUGACAGCAUAUCCACUGAUGUGUGGGCCCGGUGGAUUUUCCAAAAUGGAGUGUGGAACAUUACUGAGCUCCCUACAGGAUCAAACUACCCAACAGAUUACCUCCAGGCAGUGCAGGCCAGCUCUGUGCUUGCAUGCAUAUUCUCCUCUAUUGGAAUUUUUGUGUUUGCGGCUCAGCUCUUCACCCUCCCCAAAGGAAAGAGGUUCACAAUCUCCGGCAUCUUUCAGUUCCUGGCCUGCCUGUGCAUCAUGAUCGCAGCCUCCAUCUACACAGACCGCUUCCACAUCAAAGAGAAUGGUAACUACGGUCACUGCUUCAUCCUGGCAUGGAUCGCCUUCGGUCUCACGUUUAUCUCCUCCAUCAUUUACUUUGUGCUACGCAAGAAGACUGCAGAAAGAAACUAGAUCUACUCUAUUGACUGAGGCUUUUGUUGCAAAUAGGUUUGUGUGUUUUUCAGACAUCAGAUUUGAGCUGUAAAUGGAAAUUCAUCUACAGAUACAACAGACCUGUUGAUCCUCUCAAAUACAUACAGUGUUUAACUGAGUCUGCUUUCAAACAGUCAGGGGAUCAGACUUUGUAAGACUCUAGCUCUGAAGUAAAAGGCAAUCUCAGUCAAUCACAGAUGUAUUUAAGUGGAUUUUGAACCCACAGUUGGGCUGAAUCACUUCAGGGCAUCUGAGGAUUAAGAAUGUUUUCCUCAAAAGCCUUAAUGUUUAUGAGAUGCUAUGAUAAAUUAAGAUGGAAAUAGGCUACUUUAUAAUGAGGGUUACAAAUCAAGUACUUCAUUAAUGCUCAGCUAAUGCACAUGAAUUCCUUUAUUCCACCAUUGAAAAAUGGCACGUAUGUCAGCUGAAUUCAACUUUAUUUUCAAACACUAAGUGACUUACAGAAAUAAAGCAAAAUCUGAAAGCAAGCAAGUUAAACAAAAUAUAAACACUUAAAAGCUCAACACUUAUAAAAGAUAUUUGCAAAUAGCAGUUAAAUACUAAUAUAAAGCAAAUUAAAUAAAUAAAUGAGUAAAAAGUAACCAAAAGACAGAGUUUAACUCAAAUCCAGCUCAUUUGUAAAUGGACAUCUAUUAACUCACAAGCUAUUAAAUGUGAACUAACUGGAUGAAGUUGCAGUGAUGGGAUGAUUUUGUUAAUAGUGAGCAGAAAUUUGCAUGGUACCUCAUUAUGGCUCAUGCAUUCUUAAAGCAUCAUUUAGGUAAAUGAUUAAUACCCUUUAUUUUAAACUGUUGCCAUUAAUAUUGAUUACUAUUCCUGGCUUGAUACAGAAGCAGGAUGAAGAGUUUGAUCUUUUCUUUUUAAUGUACAUUUACAUACAGAGUGUAACAGUAGAUUUAAAAAAAUGGGUGAUUUAUUUUUAAAUUUUAGUUAUUGUUCAUGUUAUUUUAUUGUGAGUUCAUCAAUUUCUAUGUCGCAUUUUAGAAAGAGCUGUCUGAUUUCAUGUGAUCUAAUUAUUACAACAUUCUUUUGUUAAGUUUUUGCUCGUGAGUUUCUUUUUGUUAAAGACAAAAAAAGAUUUGUUUGUAAUUAUUUGUGAAAAGACACCAAACCAAAGGUAAAUCCAAAUCCAUGCUGUUACGCCUGGUAUAGUUUUUAUUCUCCGUCAUUCUUAAGGAAAUGCAGCAGAAAUUUCAGGGAUGAUUGUGAUCUGUGACUUUCACAUUUCCAGUGAAUGUCACGAUCCAGCCAUAAUCUGCUGACAUGAUGCACCAUAACAGCCUUUUUGUUUUUGUAAGCUGUGCGUCUACACGGUGUGACAGAAAGACAAGGUAAAUCUUGAAGCUUGAGAUGUAAUGUGUAAAUAUGCUUUGCUUCCCGUAAUGUUCUGUAUGUCUAAUUCUGUUUUAUUUUUGUUACCAUAACAUGUCUUGAAUGACAAUUACAAGGAUUUGUACAAAUAUUAAAACUUCAUUUUCA